UCAACUGCAAACAGUCAAUAAACUAUAUUACAUGGCACGGGUCAUUUGGGACCAGUUCACCCAGUUGACGCCAAUGGAAGCAGAUGGGAUGGCGCUUGGAUGGGUGAUCCCGACGCUCAGCCUCUAUUUUGGACUGUGUGCUGCAUCCAGUGUCCCAGUUCAGACGGUGACAACACAGCCAGUAUUUACAGAAGUGAGCGCCUCCCACGACGACCAGUUCUGCAGCACAUGGGGAAACUAUCAUUUCAGGACUUUUGAUGGAGAAUUCUUCCAGCUUCGCUCCAAUUGCAACUAUCUCCUUGCAUCCAACUGCAAGGGCAGCUAUGAAGACUUUAACAUCCAGUUGCAACGGCAAGAAACGGGCUUGGCCGCUCCUCUCAAGCGUGUCACUAUGAGACUGGAGGGAGCGGUAGUGGAAUUGUCAAACUCCUCCAUCAUGGUCAAUGACAGAAUUGUGACGCUGCCUUUCAGUCAGGCAGGCCUCUCCAUCGUAAAAACAUUCUCCUACGUUAAGUUUGAGGCAACAAGUGGCGUGGUUGUCAUGUGGAAUGAAGAAGACACGCUUUGGGUUGAGUUGGAUGCAAAGUACAAGAAUCAGACUUGUGGUUUGUGCGGUGACUUCAAUGGUGAUCACACUGAUGGGCCGCCUGAGGAAUUAGACGAGGCCUGGAAAACCAACGGUCCAACUGACAACUGUGACGAAACCUUGCCGCCUUUCCCUCAAACCUGCUCGAUAAGUCAGAGAGCCGACUGUGAGACUUUGGUGUCAGGGGCUGCUUUCCUCAGCUGUCAUGACCGAAUCAACAGUGCGGCCUUCGUGGAAGCUUGUGUGAGGGACUUGUGCUCCUGUAAAAGCAACUCCACCUCUUGCUUAUGUUCAACCAUGGCAGAGUACUCGCGCCAGUGCGCACACGCGGGGGGAGCGCCGCAGGAAUGGAAUGCACAUUUAUGCGCUAAAAAAAUAUGCCCGGUUAACAUGGAGUACAAACAAUGUGGAAGCCCUUGCACGGACACCUGCAGUGACCCACAGAGGAGCCAAGUGUGUGAGGAACACUGCGUAGAUGGAUGCUUCUGCCCAGUUGGGACCGUCUUGGAUGACAUUGGUGAUCGUGGCUGCUUACCUGUGGACCAGUGCUCCUGUAUGCACAACGGCACGCCUUACAAACCUGGCGAAUCCUACUCUAGGGCCUGUCAGACAUGCACGUGUACUCAGGGUGAGUGGAGGUGCAAUGACACCGACUGUCCUGGUGUCUGCUCUGUACUGGGUGGCUCACACAUCUCCACCUAUGAUGAUAAGACAUACACUUUCCAUGGGGACUGCUCUUACGUUCUCACAAAGGAGACGAAUGGCACUUUCAUUGUCCUGGGUGACCUUGUCAAGUGUGAAAAAUCCGAUAAAUCAACUUGCCUGACUGCAGUCACUCUAUUGCUGCCAAAAUCCACGAUGAUGAUUGCUGUUGACUCGAGCGGUCAAGUUUUCGUCAACAAACUCACCUCUCGUCUGCCUUUCUUUACCGAUGAUGUCACAAUCUUCAGCCCAUCCACAUUUUAUGUUGUGAUCCACACUGUCUACGGGCUUCACCUCGAGGUUCAGCUCACGCCCAUCAUGCAGGUUUAUAUCAAAGCCAGUCUUCCCCAUAAAGGAAAACUCCUUGGUCUUUGUGGGGAUUUUAACGACGUUGAAUGCAAUGACUUCCGAACCAGAAGUGGGAUGAUCGAAGGGACGGCUGCCGCAUUUGCCAACUCGUGGAAGACGAAAGGAGGCUGUCCAGAUGUCAACAAUACACUUGGUGACCCGUGUCUUUUAAGUGUAGAUAAGGAAAAAUAUGCUCACCACUGGUGCUCCAUACUCAUCGACACAACAGGGGUGUUUUCCAAGUGCCAUUCCGAGAUUAACCCAGAGGACUAUCUCACUUCUUGUAUAUAUGACACGUGUGCUGGCGAAAAGAGUUUGGACUCCGUAUGUGCUGCUAUGUCUUCCUACGUUCGUGCGUGCGCCGCCGCCGGCGUCUCCUUGACAGGAUGGCGGGACGUCGUGUGUGGGAAAUACACAUCAAACUGCCCUUCAACUUUGGUGUUCGACUACCACAUGACAAAUUGUGGUCGCACGUGCCGCUCUCUGGCUCAGCCAGACUUAACCUGCGAUGUCGAUUUGACCCCGGUGGACGGCUGCGGCUGCGCUCAGGGAACUUACCUCAACGAGAGAGGCGAGUGUGUGCCAGAUUCCCAAUGCUCCUGCCAUGUAGGAGACACGGUGAUACGGCCUAAGCAGAUCAUCAGGGUUCAUGGACAAAGUUGCGUCUGCCAUGGUGGAAAACUCACUUGUUCGGGAAACCUUCUAACUGAAUCAUGCAGUGCUCCAAUGACUUUCUUCAACUGCUCAAGUGCACAGCCCGGUGACACGGGGUCAGAGUGCCAGAGAACUUGUCAGACGCUGGACACAGAAUGUGUUAGCACGCAUUGCGUCUCGGGCUGCAUAUGUCCUGCUGGCCUGUUGGCCGACGGUAAAGGAGGCUGUAUUGAGGAGACGCAUUGUCCCUGCACUUAUAACAGACAAUCCUACAAACCUGGAGAGACUGUGAAAGUGGACUGCAACACCUGCACGUGUAAGAGCCGAGAGUGGGAAUGCACCAAUCGGCAGUGUGAUGGAACCUGUACGAUAUAUGGAGAAGGCCAUUAUAUCACCUAUGACGACAAGAAAUUCUCCUUUAAUGGGGACUGUGGUUACGUCUUUACUCAGGAUUACUGUGGGGACAACAAGGAUGGCACCUUCAGGGUCCUGACUGAGAGCAUUCCGUGUGGACCAAGUGAAAGCACCUGCUCUACUGCUAUCAAGCUCUACUUAGGGAACAUUGAAAUUGUCCUUAAAGAGGGAACAGUCAUCAAACAAAAAACAGGGUUAGAAAUACCUUAUAAAGUCCAUACCAUUGGAUUAUAUCUUGUCAUUGAGGCGAAGAAUGGUCUUGUUCUCAUCUGGAAUAAGAAGACAACACUCAUGAUCAAACUGAGCUCCACAUUUAAGGGUAAAGUUUGUGGUCUGUGUGGGAAUUACGACGGAAACAUCAAGAAUGACUUUACCACUCGAAACAAAGAGGUGGUGGUAGAUGCCUUUCAAUUCGGAAACAGCUGGAAAGUGUCACAGAGCUGUGCCAACACAAAUACACUUAAAAGUCCCUGCACACUGUAUUCGCACAGACAAGCGUGGGCACUAAAACGCUGCAGCAUCAUCAAUAGUGCGGUGUUUGGUAUCUGCCAUUCAAAGGUGGAUCCCCAGUACUAUUAUAAUGCCUGUGUAAGAGACACGUGUGCCUGUAAUACUGGAGGAGAUUGUGAAUGCUUCUGCUCUGCUGUAGCAGCCUAUGCAGCCGCCUGUAAUAAGGCCGGAGCUUGUAUCAAAUGGAGAACUCCGUCUGUCUGUCCUCUAUUCUGUGAUUACUACAAUCCUGACGGUGAGUGUGAAUGGCACUACGAACCUUGUGGAAAACCUUGCAUGAAGACUUGCAGGAAUCCCUCUGGAAAGUGCUAUACCCAUAUUCCAGCUUUGGAAGGCUGCUAUCCAAGGUGUCCACCUGAUCAACCGUAUUUGGAAGAGGUAACAAUGAAGUGUGUGUCACUGGAGCAAUGUGGGUGCUACGAUGAUGAAGGAAAGCAUUAUGCAGAAGGAGAGAGAAUGCCUCAGAUAGAAAACUGUCAGAAAUGUCAAUGUUCUUCAUCGGAGAGGCAGUGCACCUACAGUGUUGAAGAUUGCACUUGUUCAUAUAAUGGGGAAAUAUACAAUUAUGGAGAUGUAGUAUACGACACUCAUGAUGGAGACGGCACCUGUAUUACUGCCAUUUGUGGAGAACACGGAAAUAUUACAAGAGAAGUAAAAGUCUGCGGUUCCUCAACCACGCAGACGCCAACAACAACAGAAUUUGUGUUUGUGACAACAGAAAGACCAACCUCUACAAAGGCCCAAACUACCACAGAGAAACCGACCACAACAACCCUCCAACCCACCACAUUCACAAAAGAACCCACUACAAUUACAACAACAACAACACUUAAGCCAUCCAUACCUACAACUGGCCUAUCAUCAACACCAUCCGACUGUUUUGUUUGUCACUGGUCACAUUGGAUCAACAAUCAUUACCCUGCUUCUGUUCCCAGUGGUGGAGAUUAUGAAUCUAUAGCAAGAGUGAAUGAUCCAAGUCUGAAUGACUGCAAACAACCACUUGAAAUAGAAUGCAGAGCAAAAGCAUUUCCUGAUGUACCUUUGGAUCAGCUCGGUCAAAAAGUAACAUGCAACCCAACCGAUGGACUGAAAUGUCAGAACAAAGAACAAGGCAUACCUCCAAUUUGUUAUGACUAUGAGAUUCGAGUCAAAUGCUGCUUCAACCAUUGUGUUACUCCAACCAAAGCUACAACUACAAGGGGCACAACAAAUGCAGUAACAACAGAAAAGCCCACCCCUACAACAACCACAGAAAAGCCCACAACUAUGGCCAAAACCACCAUCUCACCCACAGUAGAACCUACCACAAUUACUGCAGAACCCACCACGAUGACAACCACCACACAAAAGCCAUCCACACCAACAACCACUCCAACAAAGGCAACCACACUUACGACUGAACAGAUUAAGACCACCACAAUCACAGAAAAACCCACCACAGUCACAGAAAAACCCACCACCACAGUUACGCAAGAGGCCAGCACUACUGUUGCUGUAACAACACAAAAAUCUACGACUGUGGCUGCUACAACCAUCACAGCCACAAAAUUACCCACCACAUCUACAGAAAGACCAACAACUGUUACGGAAUCUCCAAGCACAGCAACAGAGAUCCAAACCACAACAAUCGCAGCUACAGAAAAACCCAGCACAGCAUCAACGGAGAAGAUAAGCACAAUUGUUCCAACAACAGAAAAACCCACAACUACCACAGAAAAUCCCACAACAACGACAGAAAGACCAACUACUGCAACAACCAUAGUACAAAAACCCACAACCACAGUUUCACAAACUGCUGGCAUUACCACCACGACAUCCAAAGUUACAGAAAAAGUAACCGGAACAAUGACACAACAACCGAGCUCAACUGCCAAAACUACAGAAAAACUGACCCCGGAAGUGACAGAAAAGCCUACCACCAUAACAACUGCAACGGUACCCACAACAAAGGCACCCAGAACAACAACAGAAGGUCCCACAACAACUGCAGUCACAUCAACUGGAAAACCAAUGACCACAACAACCCCUGAAAUAGUCACAAAUACAAUUGUUCCAACUGCUCCAUCAACAGCACCCUUGAGAACAAUUACUACAGAGUCCCAGACUACAACGACAGAAAAACCCACCACAGUAACCCUCCAUCCCACAACAUUUACAGAAGAGCCCACCACCAUCACAACCACUACACAAAAAACUUCCAAACCAACAACUACUCCCACAACAGUUACAACCGAAAAGGCCCAAACCACCACAACAACAGAAAAAACACCAUCAACACCAGCUGAGUGUUUUGUUUGUCACUGGUCAGAUUGGAUCAAUAAUCAUUACCCUGAUCCUACCCUCAGUGGUGGAGAUUAUGAAUCCAUUGCGAACAUAACUGAUCCAAGUCUGAAUGACUGCAACCAACCACUUGAAAUUGAAUGCAGAGCAAAAUCGUUUCCUGAUGUACCUUUGGAUCAGCUCAGUCAAAAAGUAAUAUGCAACCCAACCGAUGGACUGAAAUGUCAUAACAAAGACCAAGGCAUACCUCCAAUUUGUUAUGACUAUGAAAUUAGAGUCAAAUGCUGCUUCAACCAUUGUGUUACUCCAACCAAAGCUACAACUACAAAGGCCACAACAAAUGCAGGAACAACAGAAAAGCCCACCCCUACAACAACCACAACCACAGAAAAGCCCACAACUAUGGCCAAAACCACCAUCUCACCCACAGUAGAACCUACCACAAUUACUGCAGAACCCACCACGAUGACAACCACCACACAAAAGCCAUCCAUACCAACAACUAGUCCAACAAAGGCAACCACACUUACUACUGAACAGAUUAAGACCACCACAACCACAGCAAAACCCACCACAGUUACAGAAAAACCCACCACAGUUACAGAAAAACCCACCACCACAGUUACGCAAGAGGCCAGCACUACUGUUGCUUUAACGACACAAAAACUCACAACUGUGGCUACUACAACUAUCACAGCAACACAACUACCCACCACAUCUACAGAAAGACCAACAACUGUUACGGAAUCUCCAAGCACAGCAACAGAGAUCCAAACCACAACAAUCGCAGCUACAGAAAAACCCAGCACAGCAUCAACGGAGAAGAUAAGCACAAUUGUUCCAACAACAGAAAAACCCACAACUACCACAGAAAAUCCCACAACAACGACAGAAAGACCAACUACUGCAACAACCAUAGUACAAAAACCCACAACCACAGUUUCACAAACUGCUGGCAUUACCACCACGACAUCCAAAGUUACAGAAAAAGUAACCGGAACAAUGACACAACAACCGAGCUCAACUGCCAAAACUACAGAAAAACUGACCCCGGAAGUGACAGAAAAGCCUACCACCAUAACAACUGCAACGGUACCCACAACAAAGGCACCCAGAACAACAACAGAAGGUCCCACAACAACUGCAGUCACAUCAACUGGAAAACCAAUGACCACAACAACCCCUGAAAUAGUCACAAAUACAAUUGUUCCAACUGCUCCAUCAACAGCACCCUUGAGAACAAUUACUACAGAGUCCCAGACUACAACGACAGAAAAACCCACCACAGUAACCCUCCAUCCCACAACAUUUACAGAAGAGCCCACCACCAUCACAACCACUACACAAAAAACUUCCAAACCAACAACUACUCCCACAACAGUUACAACCGAAAAGGCCCAAACCACCACAACAACAGAAAAAACACCAUCAACACCAGCUGAGUGUUUUGUUUGUCACUGGUCAGAUUGGAUCAAUAAUCAUUACCCUGAUCCUACCCUCAGUGGUGGAGAUUAUGAAUCCAUUGCGAACAUAACUGAUCCAAGUCUGAAUGACUGCAACCAACCACUUGAAAUUGAAUGCAGAGCAAAAUCGUUUCCUGAUGUACCUUUGGAUCAGCUCAGUCAAAAAGUAAUAUGCAACCCAACCGAUGGACUGAAAUGUCAUAACAAAGACCAAGGCAUACCUCCAAUUUGUUAUGACUAUGAAAUUAGAGUCAAAUGCUGCUUCAACCAUUGUGUUACUCCAACCAAAGCUACAACUACAAAGGCCACAACAAAUGCAGGAACAACAGAAAAGCCCACCCCUACAACAACCACAACCACAGAAAAGCCCACAACUAUGGCCAAAACCACCAUCUCACCCACAGUACAACCCACCAUAGCGACAGCAGAACCCACCACGAUGACAACCACCACACAAAAGCCAUCCAUACCAACAACUAGUCCAACAAAGGCAACCACACUUACUACUGAACAGAUUAAGACCACCACAACCACAGCAAAACCCACCACAGUUACAGAAAAACCCACCAUCACAGUUACGCAAGAGGCCAGCACUACUGUUGCUGUAACGACACAAAAACUCACAACUGUGGCUGCUACAACCAUCACAGCAACAGAACUACCCACCACAUCUACAGAAAGACCAACAACUGUUACGGAAUCUCCAAGCACAGCAACAGAGAUCCAAACCACAACAAUCGCAGUUACAGAAAAACCCAGCACAGCAUCAACGGAAAAGAUAAGCACAAUUGUUCCAACAACAGAAAAACCCACAACUACCACAACUGUGCCUGCUACAACCAUCACAGCAACAGAACUACCCACCACAUCUACAGAAAGACCAACAACUGUUACGGAAUCUCCAAGCACAGCAACGGAGAUCCAAACCACAACAAUCGCAGUUACAGAAAAACCCAGCACAGCAUCAACGGAAAAGAUAAGCACAAUUGUUCCAACAAUGGAAAAACCCACAACUACCACAAAAAACCCCACAACUACAGAAAGACCAACUACUGCAACAACCAUAGUACAAAAACCCACAACCACAAUUUCACAAACUGCUGAAAUUACCACCACAACAUCCAAAGUUACAGAAAAAGUAACCGGAACGAUGACUCAACAACCGAGCUCAACUGCCAAAACCACAGAAAAACCGACCACAGAGGCUACAGAAAAGCCUACCACCAGAACAACUGAAAGGGUACCCACAACAAAACCAAGAACAACAGAAGGCCCCACAACUGCAGUCACAUCAACGACAGAAAAACCCACCACAGCUACAGAAAACCUCCCCACCACAGUUACGCAAAAGGCCAGCACUACUGUUUACGUAACAACAGAAAAGCCCACUGUGAGAAGUACGACCAUCACAGCCACAGAAGAACCCACCACAGUCACAGAAAGACCAACCACAGUUACAGAAUCCCAAACCACAACAAUUGCAGUUACAGAAAAACCCAGCACAGCAUCCACAGAAAAGAUAAGCACAAUUGUUCCAACAACGGAAAAACCCACAACUACCACAGAAAACCCCACAACGACUACAGAAAGACCAACUACUGCAACAACCAUAGUACAAAAACCCACAACCACUGUUUCACAAACUGCUGGCAUUACCACCACAACAUCCAAAGUUACAGAAAAAGUAACCGGAACGACGACACAACAACCUAGCUCAACUGCCAAAACCACAGAAAAACCGACCACAGAAGCUACAGAAAAGCCUACCACCAUCACAACUGAAAUGGUACCCACAACAAAGCCACCAAGGACAACAACAGAAGGUCCUACAACAACUGCAGUCACAUCAACUGGAAAACCAAUGACCACAACAACCCCUGAAAUAGUCACAAAUACAAUUGUUCCAACUGCUCCAUCAACAGCCCCCUUGGUUACUUCCAAUAGCACCACCAUCCCCACAAAGCCUACCGCAGCGCCAACAGAAAAACCUUCAACAACAUUGCCAACAACUCAGACAACAGCCGGCAGCACCACCGAGUGCUUCUGCAAAUACCUUGAUCAAAUUUUUGCUCCUGGGACUACCAUUUACAACAAGACAGAUGGAGCAGGUUGGUGUUUCGUUGCAUAUUGCAAUGAGACUUGCAAUGUUGAGAAGUUUGCAGGACCGUGUCAGCCAACUACUCCACCAAGUCCCACCACCGCUUAUACAACUGCCAUUACGACCAAAGUUGUCACAACAACCGCCAGUACCAUCGGCGUAUCUACUGAAGCGCCCCCCAAAGACUGUGAUUUUCUCAUCCCACCAAGAAAGCAUGGCGAGUCUUGGAUUUCAAGCAACUGUACCUUUUCGAUUUGCGAUGAUGGAAAAGUCCUGACAGAACAUAAGCCAUGCGAACCAAUAACCAUGCCUGUGUGUGAAAAUGGCCAACCACCAGUGAGGGUUUAUGAUGAAGAUGGUUGCUGUUUCCAUUACGAAUGCACCUGUAUUUGCAGUGGCUGGGGAGAUCCACACUAUGUGACAUUUGAUGGUCAAUACUACAGCUUUCAGAAAAACUGCACCUAUGUCCUGUUUAAAGAGAUUAUUCCUCGUCACAAUUUUACCGUCCUUAUUGACAAUGAAAACUGCGACGCCACCGGUGAAGUCACCUGUGCGAACAGCUUGAUUGUGUAUUACAAAAGCUAUGAAGUCAUUCUCACACAGGAGAGGGGCGCAAAUACAAUCAACACGGUCUACGUCAAUGGCAAGAAAGUCAUUCCAACGUACUCCAACGAAGACUUCAUCAUCACGAGCACUGUGAUCGAGCUGCUCCUGAGAAUCCCGGCGAUCGAAGCUGUUGUGACGUUCAAGGGACUUGUAUUCAGCGUUGACGUACCGUUUUCCCGUUUCCACAACAACACGGAGGGACAGUGCGGUACAUGUGACAAUAAUAGAAAGAAUGACUGCAGAUUACCCAGCGGGCAGAUUCAUUCCUCUUGCACCGAUAUGGCUCAUGAGUGGCAUGUACCAGAUAAGAACAAACCAUACUGCGAGAAGCCACCUUCGCCACCAACACCAAAUCCAACACCAACGCAACCUACUUGUAACCCUGAAAUUUGUGAAAUCAUACUCAGCAGUGUGUUUGAGGAAUGCCACAAAGUCGUCUCGCCAGAGGACUAUUAUGAGGCCUGUAAAUUUGAUGUUUGCCACAUGCCAAACUCCAGUGUGGGAUGCUCCAGUUUGGAGGCGUACGCCAUGAUGUGUACUGCUGCGUCGGUCUGUAUAGACUGGAGGAAUGCCACACAGGGGCAGUGCGAAUAUAAAUGUCCUGCACAUAAAGUCUACAAACCAUGCGGGCCAAUUGUGGAGCCAACUUGCAAUGAAAGAUACAAUAAAAAGUAUACACAGCAAUGCCAGGGUGAAAACUACUACCAAAGGUCUGACUGCAAUACGUUUGUGGAGGGAUGUUUCUGUCCACCUGGCACGAUCUUAUUCGGUUCAAGCUCCGACAUCUGUGUCAUCGCCUGUUGCACUGGACCUGAUGGCGAACCGAAAGAGAUUGGUGACACCUGGCUGAGUGGCUGCCAACAGUGUGUCUGUGAUGCGGAGACACUGAGCGUGCGGUGUGAACCUCGCGUUUGUCCCACUCAAGCACCCAUAACUUGUAAGGAAGGCGAGGUGUUGAUGAACCAAACGGUGGAUUGCUGCCAGACCCUGACAUGUGUUGCCCUUCCUUCCAAAUGUAAAAUAAACACAAAUGCCAACUACUUGCAUGUAAAUAAUUGCAAGUCAGUCGCGCCAGUGGAAAUGACAACCUGCGAGGGAUCCUGCGGAGCGUCAACAUCAAUGUACUCUGCGGAGAGCAACAGCCUGACGCACUCUUGCUCAUGUUGUCAAGAAACGGCCACCAGCAAGAAGGAAGUGGAGAUGAUUUGUGCUGAUGGCAGCAAGAUGAAACACUCCUACAUCUCGAUUGAAAAGUGUGACUGUCAACUCACACAUUGUACACAAAAUACAACCCAUCAAUUUGGACAUUUUUAAUGGCUGUAUCAUAUGCAAGGAGGCCAGUCACGGUUAAAAAAAAUCAUUUAUUCUGCUUCAAAAAAACAAUUUGGCAAUCAAAGCUCUAUACUGUAUGUCAUGACCGCUCGUAUAAGAUCGAAGCAAAACAGAAUGUUUAUUACACUGUAAACUAUACAUUCAAACCUAUGUAAAUGGCUCAGAACCAUUUGAGCCUAAAUAAACUAAGGAUUCAUAUUUAUUUGAGAAUAUUUGUAGCAUGUUUGGAAACUACACUAAGAUACCUUCAUUCAGGUUUAGCAAAUACUCUUCUAGCUGUUGAGCGUAAGUUCUUUGAUUUGGUUCUAUUUCAAAGUCUUCAUCUGUUUGUGUUUUGGAUUGGAGGAGUUUCUGUUCCUAUAUACUGUAAAUUAGGGGAUUUACUCAUGAAAUGGGGAAACAUGGAGUCAGAUAGUGUCCAUUGUGCAAUGUAAUUUGCUGAGCAUUGACAAGAAGAAUGUAUUUGUGUUACUAAUGUGUUAAGACCUUGUUUUACAAGAACACAUUGACACUUUUCAAUUUACAUAAAUGUCAAAUAAAUUGAUGUAAUAAUGCAUCCCAUUGAUAUAUACAUUGCUACUCUAUCAUGCAUACACUGUUUUUUUGCGAAACAGGACCACUGAUAUUGUUCGACUUUGGCAUUCUCAAAAACUCUUAAUUCCAAUAAACUCUUUCCUAUUGCAGCA